AUGUUCAAGUCAAGCAUUGUUCAAAAGAGCUCAUUACGUACACUUGCAACUUUCUCUAGUCCAGAGGCAGUUUUGCCAAAGAAGUACGGUGGAACUUAUGUUGUUACUUUGAUUCCUGGUGAUGGAAUUGGUAAGGAAAUCACCGAUUCCGUGAAAACCAUUUUCAAAGAUCAAAGAGUCCCAAUAGACUGGGAGUUAGUCGAUGUCUCCGGUUUGGAAAAGAGCAAGGGUGUUACUGAAGCCGUCGAGUCUUUGAAGAGAAACAAGAUCGGGUUGAAGGGUAUCUUGUACACACCAACCGGCACGUCAGGACAAUCUUUGAAUGUUGCUUUAAGAAAGGAAUUGGAUAUCUAUGCUUCCUUGGUCUUAAUCAAGAACAUCCCAGGUGUUAAAUCAAGAUUAGAUGGUAUCGACUUCGCUUUAGUUAGAGAAAACACUGAAGGUGAAUAUUCCGGUUUAGAGCAUCAAUCUUAUCCUGGUAUUGUUGAAUCUUUGAAGAUUAUGACUAGAUUCAAGUCUGAAAGAAUCGCAAAGUUUGCAUUUGACUUUGCUAAGAAGAAUAACAGAAAGUUGGUUACUGCUAUCCACAAGGCUAAUAUCAUGAAAUUAGGUGACGGUUUAUUUAGACAAACCGUUAAGGAUGUCGGCCAACUUUACCCAGGUAUCCAAGUAAGCGACUUGAUUGUUGAUAACGCUUCUAUGCAAGCUGUUGCCAGACCAGAACAAUUUGACGUUUUGGUUACUCCUAACUUGUACGGUUCCAUCUUGUCCAAUAUUGGUGCAGCAUUGAUCGGUGGUCCAGGUUUAGUACCUGGUGCCAACUUCGGUAGAGAAUAUGCUGUUUUCGAACCUGGUUGUCGUCAUGUUGGUUUAGAUAUUAAGGGCCAAAAUACUGCAAACCCUACAGCUAUGAUUUUGUCGGCUACUAUGAUGUUGAGACAUUUAGGAUUAAAUGAAUACGCUGACAGAAUUUCUAGAGCUACUUACGAUGUCAUUGCUGAUGGUAAGAUCAGAACUAAGGAUAUUGGUGGUUCAUCUUCGACCACUGAAUUUACCGAUGCAAUCUUAUCAAAGUUGAAUUGA